GAUGAAGUAGUCUGCAGGUCUCUUGGACUAGAGCAGUAUCUUCUUUUGUUAUUAGUUUCCAUCUUCUGUCAUUUCCUUGUUAUAUAUAUUCCAAAAAAAGAAGGUGAAUCUGAUCUUACUUUCUGGUCCACCUCUAAGCACUUUCAAAUGGAGAAGAAAGGCCAGUAUGGUACAUAUGACUCAUUGGUGACUCAUCAUCCGAUCCUCUGUAUCAUUGCUUUAUCUGUAAUUUUCAUAGCAAUCGACCCCUUUCACAUGAGUCCAAUUGGGGGUCGUGAGUUCAAACCCGUGAAGCAUGAGGUUGCUCCAUACAAGCAAGUUAUGGAAAGCUGGCCAAGAGACAACCUUAGUCGACUGGGUAAUCAUGGGAAACUGGAGUUUGUGGACCAAGUCUUUGGUCCAGAGUCAUUAGAGUUUGAUAGUUUAGGUCGUGGUCCAUACACAGGGUUGGCUGAUGGAAGAGUGGUUAGAUGGAUGGGUGAAGCAAUUGGAUGGGAGACAUUUUCCGUGGUAACAUCAAAAUGGUCAGAGAAAGCUUGUGUGAGAGGUGUGGAUUCAACAACAAACAAGCAAUGGAAGCACGAGAAGCUGUGUGGGAGACCUCUUGGUCUGAGAUUUCAUAAAGAGACAGGAAAUUUGUAUAUUGCAGACGCUUACUAUGGUCUCCUUGUGGUUGGUCCUGAAGGAGGGAUCGCUACGCCUUUAGCUACUCAUGUGGAAGGAAAGCCUAUACUCUUUGCCAAUGACCUUGACAUCCAUAGAAAUGGCUCCAUCUUCUUCACUGACACCAGCAAAAGAUAUGACAGAGCGAAUCAUUUCUUUAUCUUACUGGAGGGAGAAUCAACAGGAAGGCUUCUAAGAUAUGACCCACCUACCAAAACAACACACAUUGUGCUGGAGGGUUUGGCUUUUCCCAAUGGAAUUCAACUCUCUAAAGACCAAUCUUUCCUUCUCUUCACCGAAACAACCAAUUGCAGAUUGGUGAAAUACUGGCUGGAGGGUCCAAAGACAGGUGAAGUUGAGGUGGUGGCAGAUCUCCCGGGAUUCCCAGACAAUGUAAGAAUAAACGAAAAGGGUCAGUUUUGGGUUGCAAUAGACUGUUGCAGAACACCGGCACAAGAGGUUCUUACAAACAACCCUUGGAUAAAAAGCAUCUACUUUCGGUUGCCAAUACCGAUGAAGCUGCUGGCGAAAACGAUGGGGAUGAGAAUGUACACUGUGAUAUCGAGAUUCGACGAGGAAGGUAAGGUCUUGGAGGUGCUUGAGGAUAGACAAGGGAAGGUAAUGAAGCUUGUGAGUGAAGUGAGGGAGGUUCAAGGGAAGCUUUGGAUUGGAACAGUGGCUCAUAACCACAUUGCCACUUUACCUUAUCCUUUGGCGAAUCAAUGAAGAACCUUCGCUGUGUAGUUCUUAGCUUCUGGAAGUUGUGUUCUUAAUAUCCUCUUGAUUUACAUUCAUGAGGGUAGAGAAACAAUAUAAACAAAUGGAUGACUGAACUAAAUCAUCUCUCUGUAACUACUAAAUUAUCUUCGUUUUGAUUCAAGUUCCAUUGGACCGGUUUGCCUUUUGUU